AUUGUUUAUUAAUUUGAAUGCCGCCUCUGAAAUUUUAUUAAUGUUAUAAAAAGUUCUUUCUAUCGUCAGUCAGUGAAUACAAUUUAAAUAUAAUCACUAAAGAUAAAAUUAAUUAAGUUUGGUCCACUCAUUUUUAGAUCAUCAACAAGGAGAGAGAUCAAAGAAGAAAACAAAUAUCUCCAACACAAAAUGGAUUUGAAGAUUCAAGAUGAGAAAAUAACUUCAAUUCAAUCAAAUGAAGUAUUAGAAGUUGAUUAUAACUUGCAUAAUAUUGCAAAAAAGCCCCACAAGUUUAUAGGUGUUCGAAAACGUCCUUGGGGAAAAUAUGCAGCUGAAAUUAGGGAUUCAACAAGGAACGGAAUUAGGGUUUGGCUUGGAACAUUUGAUACUGCUGAAGAAGCUGCUUUGGCUUAUGACCAAGCCGCGUUUUGCACAAGAGGUCCUUCAAUUUGCUUGAAUUUUCCAGUGGAAAAAGUGCGCGAUUCGCUAACAAAAAUGGAAUGUAGCUACUUGUUGCAAGAUGGAUUGAUGUCACCAGCUGAAGCCCUAAAAGAAAAACACAAGAAGAGAUCAAGAAAAAUUAAAAAUGUUAAAGAAGAAGAAAAUGUGUUGAUAUUUGAAGAUUUAGGUGCUGAUUUAUUAGAUGAAUUAUUAUCUGAAUACUCUUCAAGUUCAAAUUAAUGUACAAAUUUCUACAUCUAGUAAAUCUCAAAAAAAAAAAGUAUGUUGAUCCUUAUUCAUGCUUUUCCAUUUUUCUUUUUAAUUAAUUGAAACGAUAUAGAAUAGAUUAGAAUGGUCUGUAUGCAAGUAUGACAUGUACAAAAUCGAUUGAGAAAUGAAG